AUGGCCAGUAAUGCGUUUAACGGACCAGAAAUAGAAGAUCCUCCAAUAACCAACAGAUCUGGUGUUUGGGUCCACUUUGGUUUCCCUGUAAGCUAUGAUGGUGAUGGCAAGAGAGUGGUGGAUAAAAAAACAACGGUAUGUCGCAUCUGCUACAUGACAAUAGGGCACACCAACGGGAAUACUUCAAACAUGUCAACUCAUUUACGACGACAUCACCCCAGUGUGUCAGUAUCCGGAACAAGACGAAAACAAGCAGAAACAUACAUGACACAAUCUAUCCCCGCAGCAUUUAGACAGGCAUUUCCAACUGAUUCAAACAGGGCAAAACAGAUCACCGCGGCGAUUGGUACAUUUAUAGCCGCGGAUAUGAGACCUUACUCUGUAGUGGAAAACGCAGGUUUUAAGAACAUGCUUAAUGUAAUUGAGCCCCGUUACACUAUUCCCUCGCGAGCCCAUUUCAGCCAGACUGUAAUUCCUGCUUUGUACCAAAAAACAAAAGCCCAAAUAGAAAACCAAUUGGCCAAAGCAACAGCCGUUGCUCUGACAACAGACGGCUGGAUGUCAAGGGCUACACAAAGCUACCUGACUGUAACGGCACAUUACAUUACCGCUGAAUGGGAACUGAAAAGCCACGUUCUUCAGACACGCCCCCUUGAUAGUCACACGAGUGAGGAUUUGGCCAAAGGGAUAACAGAAGCAGUGGAAGUGUGGAAGUUGGAGAGAGCUAAUCUAACUAUUCCUGUGACUACUGACAAUGCCAGGAAUAUAGUUAAUGCUGUUGUUGGAGCUGCUGGACUUGGGCCACAAAUAGGGUGCUUUGCCCAUGUCAUUAAUCUAGCAUCUCAGAAAGCAAUGGCAGUGCAGCAGAUCUCUCGUCUCCUAGCAAAGAUCAGAAAGAUUGUGACCUUUUUUCACAGAAGCACAACAGCAGCCCAUGUGUUGAAGACAAAACAGGAGUUGCUGCAGCUUCCUGUUCACAAACUCAUCCAAGAUAUACCAACUAGAUGGAAUUCAAGCUAUGAUAUGAUAGAAAGAUAUAUUGAACAGCAGGCUGCAGUGUAUUCUGCAAUGACAGACAAAGCUGUGAAGAAAAAUGUUAAAGACAUUAUGACUUUGUCUGAAAACGACAUGCGACUGGCUGAGAAUGUUAUCACAGUUUUGAAACCCUUGAAAACUGUGACAACCCUUAUGUGCACCGAGUCCUCUCCAUCUGCGUCCAUGGUCCUUCCUAUGAAAAUGAUGAUCCUGAAAUCCAUGGAACUGUCUGAUGAUGACAGCCCAGCAGUGAGGGGUGUCAAAACAGCCAUCAAAAAUGACCUGCAGCAGCGAUACACGUUACCUGAUCUUCAAGAUUACCUACACAAGAGCACAGCUUUAGAUCCACGUUUUAAAUCACUGCAACACUUGGAUGCUACCACUCGCCUGAGAGUCUAUGAAGCUCUAACCACAGAGAUUGUGACUGAGCAAGCUACGAGCACCACAGAGCCAGCAACCUCCAUAGAGACAGUGGACUUGGAGCCCUCAACAUCACCUCCACGAGAAAAGAAAUCAGCCAUGACUGAGCUUUUUGGAGGAAUGUUCAUGACCCAUCAUCAUGAUUCAAGCCCCAAAUCUGUGGCCAAAUUGGCAGAGGAGGAGAUGAAAUUGUACAUGGUGGACUCUAUUCCCCUGGAUGCAGAUCCACUAAAAUGGUGGAAAAACCAUGAGCACUUAUACCCUCAUUUUGCCAGGUUGGCACAGCGUUACUUGGCUGUGCCUGGAACCUCUGUCCCUAGCGAGAGGUUUCUGGGCCACAUCUGGCCCGGGACCCAGCCGGCUCUCAGCCAGAUCUGUCUUACAGUGCCUGUGUCAGGGCUCACAGAAGGAACAGACUGGAUGAUGGAUUGGAUGCAGUCACAUCAAAGAUGGAUGGAUCGGGAAGCAGGUGACGGUGAUCAUGAUGAUGAUGAGGUGCAGGUGCAGGUGAUGAUGACCGGGAAUGCUGGGAAGUGUAGUGAAGACACAGAUGAAGGAGGUGAGGUUCCAGUCUGA